AUGGAGCUCGCUCUUCCCGUCAAUAUCGUCCACCAGGUACUUCGUAGGACAUUGAAAGCGUCCGAAAACGACAAAGAUGCUGUGUGGUUCAGAUUUGGGGAAAAAGAAGCUAGAUUCGGGUCACAAGAAUUUUGUCUUGUAACCGGAUUUAAGAUUGUGGAAGAUGAUGAAAAUGCGUACGAGGUCCCCAGAAAUAACAGUUCUCAUUUGCAACUGUUCAAGGAGAAACAGGGGAAGAUCAAACGCAGUGACAUAAUCGAGAAAUUUCAUGAGCUGGAUAAUGAGAAAGACGCGGAGUUGAAGUACAAAAUGGGACUUGUGACGGUCUUGGAGCAUGUUGUUUUGUCUGCAGAGUGCGAGACUCUUGUAAAUGAAAGAUGGUUUUAUUUAGUUGAAGAUUUAGAAAGAUUCAACAGUUAUCCUUGGGGCAACUUGUCGUAUCAGCAAACUGUAAAGUUGUUCCAGCGGACCUCUUUCGGGAAAGAAAAAAAUCCAAAGUCCAUAAAGUAUUCUUUGCAUGGAUUUUCCCUGGCUAUUUUGAUUUGGGCAUUUGAGGCGCUUCCCGACUUAGGAAGAGAAUUUGCCGAAAAAAGAAAUGAUCUCCAAUUUCUGAGAAUGUAUUGUUGGAAAAUGGAAAAACAGUUGCGAGGCGACCAACUUAAUACUUUUUUCGACAGGGCGGAGGUAGCGGAGGAAGAAGAUAGUGUCCGUCCAGAUGAGGAUGAAGAAUGCACUGCGACCAAAGUUCAGGAAGAAGGCAGUUCAUCAUCUAAAGUUGAUGAUGAUGAUGAUGAAGAUGAAGAAGAAGAAGAAGAAGAAAAAUGCGUCUCAACAUGA